AUGGAAGAAGAACAAGAAAAUGAAACUGAUUUCACAAACCUGGUUCUCAAUCUGCCUCUAUUCUCAUGCAUUGUAAGAGAACAACUCUGGCUUAAAAAAACUGUAGUAUCCAAAUCAUAUAUUAAAAAAGCAAUAGAAGAUCCCAGGUUGUUUAAAGAAUUUUCAGUUUUAAAGUCAAUUCGGUCUGAAGAUUCUAUAGUCGAAAGUAAUGAAGAAAAUGUGUCCAAAUCAAACCACAAAUCACAAAGAAACCCAGAAUACCAACUAAAAUUAUAUGAAGAUUUAAACUGGAAUGUAGUUCCAGACUAUAAUUGGCCAGUCCAUCCAGGAGAUUACUCACCGCUUAGCCCUGAUGGAGAAUUCUUAGAUAGACAUGGGAAAAUAGGACUAGAUUUCUGGAACUGGAACAGAGAAAGAUCGCCGCUGGGUUAUAUCCCGCCACUGUGUACAUGUAAGAUGACAACAGACUGUGUUGAUCACCUCAGAAGGUGGACUAGAUAUAUGAAACUCGAUUUUGACAAGAAGGUGUGCAAUAAUGAUGUAUGUAGAGGACUGUUGUACAUCCCUUUCAGCCUUUUGGAGGUCCCUUUAAACAGAAUAAUAAGUAAUUGCAGCGAAUUUGCUCUAAAGGUGAAGGUUCCUGACUCUACAGACUUAUACUGUGGGAACAUGAAGCAUACUCUAAUUUUGUGUACAACCUCUAAAGAGCACGAAAAGGAGUGCUUGGAUGCAAUUGAGCACAGUGAAAUCUCCUAUCCACUAGUGUACGAUGUAAGGGCUGAGGAUUUUAUACCUUAUUUUAAAAAAUAUAACGAGGAAACCAGGGAGUCUCCCCUAAUGUCGGUGGAGCCUAUAGAUUCUGAUGUUUCAGAUCCUGAGGAGAAUUAUGGAAUGGGACAGUUAUUUGCAAUAAGGAGACUUAGAGAUAAUAUACUGAUAGAAAAGUACGACCAAAAUUUAAGGGUGACUUCACCAGUGGAUGACCAAUUGUUGAGUACGUGGGAUAAAAUGGCCGAAGAGUCCGUAAAAGACCAGGCAAAGAAAGAACCUGGAUAUAAACUUUUAUCUAAAAAAAUAAAUCAAGAAAGUUUCUGUAAUCUAGGUUCUGAAGAACUUACUAAACUUAGAAGGGAGUUGGAAGCCCAGGAUUACAUAAUAUAUCAAAUGGUGGAAUCAUUUUCUACUAAUAGAAGGCCACUUUCUUUUGUACUCAGAGAAUCGGAUCAGACAAAUGGAUAUGACUUAGAUGAUAACCAGGAACCCAUAGAUGAAACAAAUCCACAUAAAAAAAGAAAAAACAACUAG